AUGCUGGAGAUUGGGAAGUUGAACGUCACUGCCUUCACGAAUUUAGUGACUCUACAUCUAUACGGAAUGGGACUUAGAGGAAGCAUCCCUACAGAAAUAAGCAGACUUACAAAGCUUGUAUUUCUUGACCUGUCCAACAAUCGCCUAAGUGGUUCAAUCCCUUCCACAUUGGGUCAAUUGAAGAAUUUAAUCUAUCUCUACCUUGAUUCAAACCAAUUUCAAGGUCCUAUUCCAAUGGAACUGGGGAAUCUAACACUAUUGACCGGAUUAUAUCUCUCACAUAAUUCACUUUCCGGUUCAAUUCCUUCCACGUUGGGUCAAUUGAAGAAUUUAACCUAUCUCUACCUUGGUUCAAACCAAUUUGAAGGUCCUAUUCCAAUGGAACUGGGGAAUCUGACACAAUUAAAAAAAUUAGAUCUCUCUCAUAAUUCACUUUCCGGUUCAAUCCCUUCCACGUUGGGUCAAUUGAAGAAUUUAUCCUAUUUUGACCUUGGUUCAAAUAAAUUUGAAGGUCGUAUUCCAAUAGAACUAGGCAAUUUGGCGUAUCUAAAUAUCUUAAAUCUAUCACAUAAUUCUCUUACUGGGUUGAUACCAUCGGAGAUGCCCAUCGGUCUUUCAGAUGUAGACCUUUCCCACAACAACCUCAUAGGGUUUAUCCCAUCUUCAAUCCUAAAGUGUCCCUAUAUCCAAAAUGUGGAUUUAAGCUAUAACUUGCUAUAUGGAACCAUCUCUUCCCAAAUCCACUGUGUUUAUCACCUUCAGCUUAGCCAUAAUUUUUUGAAUGGUGAGAUUCCAUUUCUUCCAGAAAUAGACUCUGCGUUAAAUAGUUUGGAUCUUAGUUAUAACAAUCUCACAGGCAAAUUGCCCAAAGAACUUGCUGCUCUAUCUUACAUAAAUUUGUCAUACAAUUCUUUUGACUUCUCACAAGACCUUGACAGCAACUCACGGUUACCAGAUUACUGUUCUUUUAAGAAAGACUCAAUAAUUAGUUACCACAUGCCAAACUUCACAUCAUGCCAUUUUGUUCACCACCGCAAUUUUUUCCACCAAACCAAUCCUCUUGCAAGCAAAAACAAACUCCUCCUGUUAAUUUUUCUCCCCACCAUCUGCUUCAUUCUUUUUGUAUUACUUUCAGUAUUUUAUUUUGCAAGGUUGAUGUUAAAGAACAAACCUGAAGAAAGAUCAACAAACAAUGGAGACUUAUUUUCUAUAUGGAACUAUGAUGGUAAAAUUGCAUUUGAAGACAUCAUUGAAGCAACAGAGGACUUUCACCUCAAGUACUGCAUUGGAACUGGUGCAUAUGGUAGCGUCUAUAGAGCACAAUUGCCUAGCGGUAACAUUGUUGCAUUGAAGAAACUUCACCAAAUGGAAUCUCAAAAUCCAACUUUUGACAAGAGUUUUCGCAAUGAGGUCAAGAUGUUAACAGAAAUCUGCCACAAAAACAUUGUAAAGCUUCAUGGGUAUUGCCUUCACAAUCGUAGCAUGUUUCUUGUCUAUCAAUACAUGGAAAGAGGUAGCUUAUUUUAUGUCUUGAACAACGAUGUGGAAGCUGAGGAGUUGAAUUGGAGUAUGAGGGUGAAUAUCAUUAAAGGAAUGGCACAUGCUUUGUCCUACAUGCAUCAUGAUUGUACCCCACCAAUUAUUCAUCGAGAUGUAACAACUAGCAAUGUUUUGUUGAACUCACAAUUGGAGGCUUUUGUUUCAGACUUUGGCACUGCUAGACUCCUUGAUCCUCAUUCCUCCAAUCAAACCUUAGUAGUCGGCACUUAUGGCUAUGUUGCCCCAGAGCUUGCAUACACAUUGAAGGUGACAGAAAAAUGUGAUGUUUACAGUUUUGGAGUCGUGGCUUUGGAAACAUUAAUGGGAAGGCAUCCAAGAGAGCUGCUCUCAUCUUUAUCAAACCCAUCUAAUCAAAACUUCUUGUUGAAGGACCUCUUGGAUUCACGUCUUCCCCUUCCUUCCAGUCAAAAAGAUGCUCAAGAUAUUGUACUUGUGGGAACAAUAGCAUUAGCAUGUUUGUGUUCCAAACCAAAGUUCAGACCAUCAAUGCAACAAGUGGCUAGGAAACUCUCUUGUUACAAAUUGUCACUGCCUUUGCCUUUGUAUGAGAUUUCAAUCCAUCUCUUAAUGUCUCAAGAAAUAUGA